AUGUACGCAAACUUGAUUGUCACUUUGGAACAUUUAAAUAAAUCGAAAAUGCCGAAAAGUUGCAUUGCAGUUGGCUGCUCAAACCACAAUAUGAUGGAUAAAAAGGAUAUUUCUUUCCAUCGAUUUCCUGAUCGAGAAAAAAAUGCGGACAAAUGGCAACGAUGGGUGCAAGCAAUGAAACGCGUAAACGAAGAUGGGACUCCAUGGGCUCCAGGUGGCAAAUACGCGUACAUUUGUUCUGCCCAUUUUUCAGAGGGGAAACCAUCAAGGGAUCCAACUCAUCCCGACUAUGUACCUUCAGUCUUUAAGCACAAGGCUCUAGACGGCAACAUUGCUACCAAAAAGUUAGAUAGGUUUGAGCGAGUCAGAAAACGGGGUAUGGCUAAAAUUGAAUGUAGUAUCAAGACAAAGAUUUUGGUGACUGAAAAAGAUCAAGGAAUGACAUCUGAACAUCCAGAAAGUUCUGAAGCUGGCCCAAGCACUGAAAUGCCAGAUGUACAGGCUCAACCACAAGCACUUCCAAAUGAGUCAUUAGAAGUCAAUUUUCUGAGAAAGGAGAGGGAAACUCUAUUGACAAAAAUUACCUGCCUUGAACAACAGGUGCUUCUGGCAAAUUACGAUCCAAUGGUGAUUGCAGGAAAUGACAGUGCUUCAACCUACCUUACUGGUCUCUCCUGGAAGGUUUUCAACUCAUUUUGCCAGCUACUAAUCCCAUCAAUAAAACAAUCAAGGAAAAACCUACCGCCUGCUAACCAGGUACUAAUGGUUAUGUUAAGGCUGCGGCUAAAUUUGCCAUUUGAGUACCUGAGCCUUCAGACAAAUUUUUCAAAAAGUACAUUGAACUUACUUUUUUGGCAGGUUGUACAUCUAAUGUACGAGAAGCUGAAAUUUUUGAUUUGCUGGCCUGGCAGAGAUCAUAUUCGUGCAAUAAGUCCUCCAGUCUUCAAGCAAUAUUUUCCAAGGCUAACCUCAAUUAUAGAUUGCUUUGAGAUAUUUAUAGAGAGAUCAUAUGGACUGCGUGCAAGAGCCCAGGUAUACUCAAAUUAUAAAAAGCAUAGUACUGUUAAGUAUUUGAUAAGUUGUAAUCCUGUGGGAGCAGUAAGCUUCUUAUCAAAGGGAUGGGGUGGAAGGGCUACUGACAUUCAAAUAGUCAAGGCAUCAGGCUUCAUUAGCACCAAAUACCAUUUGCAUGGAGAUGAAAUCUUGGCAGAUCGUGGGUUCACACUGAAGGAUGAGUUUGCUGCAGUUUGUGGUGCAGAACUCAUUAUCCCAAGUUUCACCAAAGGUAAGAAACAACUCACACCCAAGGAAGUGGAAACUACAAGACAAAUUGCAAAUGUGCGUAUCCACAUUGAAAGAGUUAUUGGUUUGAUGAAAAACAAGUUUUCAGUUCUACAGGGAACUCUUCCUUUAGCCAUGGUAAAGUCUCAACAAAACGAAGCACUGGAAGAAGUACCAAAUAUUGACAAACUUGUUACAGUCUGUGGGGCUCUUGUUAAUCUCACAACAGGAAUUGUUUAUAAAGAUAAAAACAGCAGCAUUUGA